AUGAAUGAAAUGCUCCGCAUUGUUGUAGGAGAUUAUAGGCAGGAUUUGCCUUUAAUGGAAAAAUUCAAAUAUCCUAGUGUUGCUUGCGAAAUUUUGACAAGCAACUCUGAAUCACUUCUGGAUUGCAUGCUUGAGGAGCAACUUGUAAAUUCUAUUGAUGAUUCCCUCCUGACCUCAGCCAUGGAAAUUGAUACAUCAUGCACAAACGAAGUGUCUUCUUCAAUACUUGAUAAUUCAGCUGAUUCGACGAGCUCAUCCAUGGAUAUUGUAAACAAUAUAGACAAAAGUAGCUAUCGUGCCCGUUUGCCCUCUUCUAGGCCGCACAUCGACACUCUUCUAAAAUUUUUUGAUGUCCAAAUGGCACUUGCUAAGUGUCCAUGUUCUGAUCCUGAAAUAACUGACUGUACUGGUAUUAAUCCAUUGUACUCAAGCUACUUUUCACGCAUAAUGAUUCAUCUUGCCAGCCAGAGGACAGAUAAGAUAAUACCUUAUCUACGGACCCGUCAUAACUUUCUUUCUAACCUCUUGGAUCAUUUGGGCAUCCCAGCUAUAGCGGAUCUUCUAGUACAAUUCUGGUUCAACGAAGAACAUCUCAUUCGGCGUCUGCUGGAUGGACUUUCUGCUAAAAAUUCCUCUGAUUCUGAUAAUUUUUCAUUUUUUGGUCGUCUCACCCACGAGGUUUGUGCCUUUUUCAAACCUUGA